AUGUACCCUCAUCCGAGACUGUCUUUAACUUAUCCCGACGACAACGUUGAUACCAAUCGUAACCCCAUGGCGGACGAGUUCUGGAACGUUCUGCAGGCUAAUGGCGGCGUCCAGUGGGAAACCAGGAAGAAGCGGAAAGAUAGACUACUCAUCAAGCAGUACCUCGGACCGAUCAUAUACCGCCAAGGCGAAGCUGCGUGGAGUGACCUUACAUUCUGGGGCUCCGCUUGGACAAGUCUUCCCCGCCGGUAUUGCAGUCGGGAAGUCCUCCUAGGCCUUCCAUAUGAGUUUCGAGAAGAUGAUCGUGAUUUUCACAUCGUUGAGGAACUGGACUAUCAUCAAGUGGAGGAAAUCACCCGUCUCUCCUUGCGAACAUUGGAAUGCCGGCCCUCGUGA